AUGGCCCAAUUAAUAAACAAUCCCGGCACUCACAACCCAAACUUGAAUAUGGACGAAAUUCUGCCUAAUCUAUGGAUCGGAGAUACACUUUCCACAUACAAUAUCUCCAAUCUCCAAAGCAAAAAUAUAUGUACAAUCAUAUCUGUAAAUGAUCAACCUCUUCCUCAAUGGCUUCGUACCCGCUAUCUCGAACUUGGUUUCUCUCACCAUGGCUUUCGAGUACAAGAUGAUGCGCUGGAAGAUAUUCUAUAUAUUAUGAACGAUGUAUGCGAGAUGAUUGACACAUCACUUCGUCAAAACAAGGGCGUACUAGUUCAUUGCGGACUCGGGAUUAGUAGAUCUGGAACGGUCGUUUUGGGAUAUGUAAUGCGAGAGAGGACUUUGGAUCGAGACGAAGCUCUAGCUCUCGUGCGGCAGAAGAGAUCGCGGGUGCAGCCUAAUACUGGGUUUUGGGCACAGCUGAGUAUAUGGCAUGAUUGUCAUCAUGAUGUGUUUGAGAAUUUCGAUGGUGAAAUCUUGGAAAAGAAAAUCUAUCGAGAGUGGAAAGAAAAGGCUGCGAUGGAGAUGGGUAGUAGAGUGAGCAAUCUUACUCAAUCUCAAUCAUCAAUUGGAGGACAGAGAUAG